GAACUAGAGAGUGUACAUCUCAUCUUACCCUCAGUAAGCGCGCGCAACUGGUACGAAAUACACGUCCCUAAUGCCUUCAAUGCUGCGUCUUCGUAAACACGAACCCGAUCGUCCUCCACGUCAGACAGGGAAGAUUCCAAAAUUAUUACCAAGAAUGGGCAUCGUAAGAGGUUACGAGAGGCGAGUACUGGCGUGCUUGUUUUUAACUAUAACUGCGGUCGUCGCAGCAGCCUCCUAUGAUCGCGAGAGGCUUGAGAUAGCCAAGCAAAUACUGGAAGAAGUCCCGCUCACAGAUGGACACAAUGAUCUGCCGUGGAAUAUACGCAAGUUUCUCAGGAAUCAGAUCAAUGAGUUUGAGUUGGAUACUGAUCUGACGCAGGUUGAACCUUGGUCAAAAUCAAAGUACUCGCAUACCGAUCUUCCUCGUCUUAGAGCUGGCAUGGUUGGUGCACAGUUUUGGUCAGCCUUCGUUCCAUGCGGCACACAAAAUAGAGAUGCAGUACAACUAACAUUGGAACAGAUUGACGUCAUAAAACGCCUAGUUGAUAAAUACCCGCAAUAUCUGAAAAUCGCCAUCUCGGUAAAAGAUAUAUUGGAGGCUCAUAGCGCUCGGCCGCGUAAAAUAGCGUCACUGAUCGGCAUUGAAGGUGGUCACUCUAUUGGAAAUUCACUGGGCGUGCUUCGAAGCUAUUACCAGCUUGGUGUCAGAUACAUGACACUUACACACACAUGCAACACGCCAUGGGCUGACUCGUCAAAUGAACCACCAUCAGCAAACGGUCUUACGGAUUUCGGUGAAAAAGUGGUUCGCGAGAUGAAUCGCUUGGGGAUGAUAAUAGAUCUAUCCCAUGUGGGAGAGAAUACGACUCGUGCAGCGAUUCGUGUGUCCCAGGCUCCUGUCAUAUUCAGCCAUUCCUCGGCAUACAGCCUGUGUUCACACAACAGGAAUGUUCCUGAUGACAUAUUACAGUCAUUGAAAGAAAACGGAGGAAUAAUAAUGGUUAAUUUUUUCCCUGACUUCGUUAAGUGUGCACCGAAUGCUACUUUAUCCGACGUUGCUGAACAUUUCCAUUACAUCAAGAGACUGAUCGGCGCUGAUCAUGUUGGCAUUGGAGGGGAUUUUGAUGGUGUUAAUAGAGUGCCGCGAGGUCUAGAAGAUGUUUCUAGAUAUCCUGAGCUAUUUGCUGAAUUGCUUCGAAGUGGUCAAUGGUCGGUUCAAGAGCUGAAAAACGUGGCUGGCUUAAAUUUGCUUCGUGUAAUGAGACAAGUUGAAAAGGUUCGUGAUGACAUGCGCACUAACGGUGUAGAGCCUGAGGAACAUCCUGAUUCAUCCAACGACAACGGAAAUUGCACAAGCAAUGCCUUCUAUGCUGACUUUGUUUAAAUCACAAACUUCGUACUUUGCACAUAUCAGGCAGAUUGGAUCUUAUAUUUUUAUUUGCAUUACGAUAAUGUCAUUUCGUAACUCAUUUAAGUUACAUAAAUAAUAAGAAAACUUUGAAUACUUACAUCUACAGGAAAACGAGAGUUUUUAUAGAUACAAGCUCGGAAGCAACGGAGUUCUUUUGAAAUUAUUUAACUUUCCUUAUUUCAAGUUCUUAAAUGAAUAAUCGCAGCGUGUUUAACACUUUAAAUGUAUUUAUUAAAAGCUUCGAAAUAUACUAAAUUGCUAAGUAGCUCGGUCACGCUUGGCCGAUUGGGUCGAAAAAUAGUCUGGCAAAUUAUAUCAGGCAGUUAUGCACAUUUUCUUAACCACUCCUAUCUGGCUGAUAUGUGUACAAACAAGAGGUAAAACGCUAUUCGUAUACCAUUUCGAUUUCGAAUAUUGAUAGCUGCAUAGUAUUCUGUGCGUAUUAUGAUGUACCUAAGGACAUUAGUAAUAGUGUUGAGAUAAUCAAUUUUACAGUAUGGCGUCAUUAAAUUGACACUUGUAUUUUUAUGCACUUAUUGUAAUAAUAAAUAACAAUUAGUAUGGUAUAUAUGAAGUACAGUAGUUGCACGACUUUUUCUGACUAUAGCAGAAGUUUUACGGACUUUCUUAAUCCUUUACUUCGACCAGAAUGAUGAAUCUUCUUUUAAGAACACUUAGGUACAAUUUGUAUAUUACGUUUACCUAACAUAAAUGUUUUAGUAUUUGUAUUUUAGUUGAAAUUAAAAAAAAAUGUUCCCUUUCUUCCUUCCUUGCAACGGGCAACUCAACAACCAGCCUUAUUUGCAUGUGGGAUAGGCGGUUAAUAUUGUCAUCCUCAAGGUAGUUUAUUACCCAUUACCAAGGAGAGUCCUCGGUGACUCUCGGUGUUUAGCCCCGUAUGUGGCCACACUCCCAAGCUCCAGAAUGAUAUGUGCAAAUGUCUCUUUUGCCUCAAUGCAAGCCCUGCACAUAUGGGGAUUGCCUGUGACACCUAUUUUCAGCAGAAGCUUGUUAAAAGGUUCGUGAACCCGGUCUAUAUGAGUUAUUUCGAUUGUAAACAAAUACUAAAUUUAAAUGCUCGAAGGUUGAUAAUGAGUAAUAUUUAAAUAUAUCUAAGACAGAAGGCGAAAAAUUGCUUGAAUAUAAUAAAUACUUACAUUAAUAAAAUAAACCUUACAUAUAAUCUUGGUAUUAAAUUAUAUCUGAGAAUAAACCAAGAAUAUGCUAAAUGUGGAAUAUAUCGUUGACAACACUGUCAAUACAAUGAUAAUUUUGAAGUAUCCUAAUUUAAGCCAUCCAAGUAAACGCGGGAAACGUUAUGCCCCCGAAUAAACCAAUCAUAAAAAAUAUCUAUUGGUAAUAAACAUUUGGCUUAUUCUCAGGUAUAUCUUUAUAUCAAAGUUAUUUGUAAGGUUGAAUGUUUAUCAAUUCCAUUUUCAAAGUAUUGAAUAUUAUUUUGGGUAAACUAUUAUAGUUUCAUUUUAAAAGAGUUAAUAUAGAAUUUAUAUAAAUUAUCUACAUUUACAUAGUUGAAUGAGCGAGCUGAAGAGCUAGUUUAAGAUAUUGGGUAAAAAUGUCUUUAAAUGACUGAAAUUUUUUGAAAAUUGUUUACUAGUUUUAAAUAUUCCUCUUCUAGUUUGUGUGGACUUUAUUUGCUAUUUUGUGAUUGGUUAUUUUGUGGUCUGACUACAAUAACAAGAGAUAUUUAAUAAAAAGUGAAAUUGAGUGCAUUGCUUGUGACUCUUAUUAAAUAUUAUUCAUUACUCAUCAUUUCAUGUAAUAAAAAACCUGUAACUUUUCAAUGCGAGAAUAUAGAAACUCCUGUAUAUUGGCGACUAUAUUUGUAAUUGUCUAAUAUCUGUUUCAUAUAAUUUCAUAGAUUAUAUGGUCUAGUUAAAACAAAAUAGUAUUUUAACGCCAAUAUAUCGCAAAGAUUUAAUGCAAAAGAGUUUUAAACUCAUUUUCACUUUUUAAUAAAAAUUCUCCGUACGAACGCAAAUUCCUAUGUUUUUAUUCAUAAUAAUAAAAAUCGAUACGGUGAAUAUUUCUAGAUUUAAUAUAUAUUGUGUUUUGCUGAAAAUCAGGUUAUAUAAGAAGAGCAACUAAAACAUGCAAAUUGCUUUGUUCAUUUAUGUCCUUCGAAUAUAAUAUAUCUUGCAACAAACGGAAUAUUUUCUGUGUGUCUCUAGAAGUUCAGUAAAUAACAUACAUUAUUUCUCAAACUGUCUUAUUAAUAAACGUAGUGUAAAGUUACUCCGAGUUAAAAGUUAUUUCUCGUUGUCAUAUAAUUCUAUAGUGACAAAGGUAAGAUAAUAACAAAAAGUUUUAAGCUUGGAAUAAGUUUACUUCUAGUUUAAUAACGUUAAUAACACAGUAAGCUUUGCAAUAAGUAACUCCUGCUAAAAUGUAAUGAUGCCAAGUGAUAGUGAUUUAGAUUAUGUUUAGAUUAAACUCUUUCCACUGACUACUCUUAUUUCUAGAGUAGAUAAUUGAGUAUUAUUCAGCUUUGACGUUCUUUUAUGAGCAAAUGACAUAAGUUUAAAUUUUAAAAAUCAAUUCCAUAAUAUAUAUAUAUAUAUAUAUAAAUAUAGAUCUUUGGCGCUUAUACAGUGCGUUUCCAACCAAACUGUUUGAAUAACGACGAUAAGUUGUUUGCUUGUUGGUAUAUAUGAAAGUGUUAUAACGCCAAUAUUAUUAAGAUAAUUUUUAAAAAUCCGGUAGAUAUUUCUUUCAUCUUAACUUUCUAGUGAGAGAAAAUCAUUUAACAUCACGUCACCAGAAAGUUUAUAUAUUAUUUCAUAAAAAAUAUGAAAUGGUUAAAUUGGCAUCUAAAUUAACUAGCGCUUGAUGAAAAAAGUGACGAGACCAGCAAAGACAUUAACGUAAUGAUAAGUAACACGCCCUGCCCAUUAUAAUACAGUGCCGCUCAGAACUAAUUGAACCCAAAAUUCUAAACGUCAUCGCAACUGCUCUCGUACAAACCGAAACACAGUAAUACUUACACAUUUUUGGCAGAAAAGGCGCGGCUGUGGUACUAGCAAGCAUCCUGCGCAAAGAAGCCACUGGUGACUAACUAAUAACCUAAUUUCCUUCCUAGUUCUAACUAUCGAUCUUGUAGAUUAACCUUUAAUACGCGUACUUUAUUACAUUCCGUCACGCGUGGGGUCCACAUAUCCCCAUAAACAUUUAACAUUUAUGUACGGUAUUUUUAAAAAUUUCCUUAAUAUAAGUUUUUACUUUAAGAAAACAAACAUCAUUAUUAAUGCAAAGUAUUUAUUAUUUGCAAAACAAUCAGACUUUAGAACUUUUAAUAACAAACUCAUAUCAAAUCAAAUUCGUGCAUACAUUUAUUUUGGGAACUUAACUAAUGUAUUACAAUUAACAAAAGUUCUGACUAACAUAAUUAUUAAUUACUAAUAGAAUUUGAAUCAGAAAUUCGUAAUGAUAAUAAUAAUUUAGAAUAUUAAAGAAAAUAAAAAAAAUACAAUGCCUCAAAUACACAGAGUACUCUAGUAGAGUAAUUAUAAUCAUUAUAAAUUAUUCUUUGGAUUGGCAUGGCAAACAAUAAGUAAUUGCAAAUAAUUGCAUUUUUUUUUGCAAGAUUUACAAGCAAUAGAACUCUUUUUACUACUUCUUUCUUAGUCACCUAUCUCUUCAACGAUCCUAAAGGCAUGUCAGGAAUUACUGCACUUUCAGAAUCACUAACAUCCUCCAGUACUUGCGCAAUGUAUGGUGACUCUUUAUUCCAAUUACACUACACUAGUCCUGAAAAAGAAACAAAUUUUAAUGUACAUGUGAGAAAAGUAACUUUGUAGAGUCACGGGUGGGGUCCACAGGUAUCCCCACGAGAAACAUGUACUUACCUUAGCGGAAGCUCGACGCAAGUCCAUCCAUCGAGAGUCUCUGUGAUGCACUGAGAUUAGCUGAAAGCGAGAAAUGGUAACUAGUCAAUUUGCAAAAAUACCGGUAAAAUAGAACGCGUGGGGUCUGCUUAGACCCCGGCCCUGUCGUUAAAGGUUAAACAUUCAGAGAAAUCUGUUUUCAUAUACAUAUUAUCUUUUCAAUGUUUGUAUAUGAAAUAAUUAAAAAUAUUUAUUUUAAAAGUAAUUUUUUUAAGAGAAGCAGAAAAAUUUAUUAAAGUACCACCAACAUGAUUAUUUUUAAUAUCUCGUUUUUUAAAUUUGGAAAUAUUCUCGUUAUAAUAUGAGCUUUGUGGUGUAAGAAUUUGCGUUUGUACCGAAAGGAAGAUUGUUAAAAGCGUGUCUAUAAAUAAAUGAAAUGGUAAAAUUCUUCGAUCAUCUAUCUGGUCAUCAACGCACCUUGCGAUAUUUUUCUAACUGUUUUAUAAUUACUCAUGUAUUGUUAAUAAUUAAACACGAUUACUACUAUAAGUAAA